GCCAGCUCUCCCCAAUUAGGUAUUAUUAUUUAGUAGCCUAUGCCUUAUGCAUUUCAUUAUAUUUGCAUUACGAAAUCGUGCAUAUUUUAUCAACACUAUUUGCAGACACACGUAGGCUUCUUUCUCCCUCCUUUGCCCGCACUCUGCAAUGAUCUGCAAUGCUAACGCGGUAGAUAACAGAGUGAUGCAUAUUUUUUGAUAAGUGUUGGUUAGGCUACUCAGGGGUUAAUUGAUUAGUCCCACCAUUGAAACCUUUGUUUCCCCACCAAUUCUGAUCUAUGAGACGCCACUGCGUGUAAACGAUUAAACUAGCUAUCUGGACGCAUGCUGUCAUAGUAGGGUACCUGGAUAAGAAACCAUAAAGUUACUCACUUUUUGUCGACGACCAAUUCUCUACUUAAUGUCCAUGUAAUGAUAAAUAUUUGGGGGUGCUGUACUCUAUUUGGGGACCAAAACCGAAACGGGAAUGAAAUGGAUCAGAGGAAAGCAUAAGACGGAUAUCCGAUUCUUUCAAAAUGAUGUCCCUCAAGCUGGAAGUCAUUUGAGAAUUUCCGUACGAAGUUGAAUUUUUCCGGAGAACGAGAGCUUUGUUUGACACUUGCGCCAGUCUUGAUCUGUCCCUGAUCUGAAGCAUGGCUACACAACAGGUGAUCCCUGACUCCUCUCCCUCUCUACUUCUCUGUCUUAGCAUGUCCCAGACGGCAAAAAAUGAGAAAGAGAGAGCACCUUCCACUGACAGUGCCUCCUCGAGACCUCUUAAGCCUGCCCUGAGAAAAGGCUCUCGCUCUGAGUCCACCCCGCCGGAAGCCACCACCCCUGACCCGGGCGCUGCCACGCCCCGCCGGAGGAAGGGGUCAUCGUCAGAGCCCACCCGCCGAAAGAACAAAAAAGAGAGCGGCGGCAACAAGACGUACACCCCGCUCCUCAAUGCCGUUUUCGGACAGGAGAGAGAACUGUCAACAGUAGAGCUGGAUGAGCUGAACCAAGCCUUCAAGGAGUUUGACUAUGACCAAGAUGGCUACCUGAACUACAAGGACGUAGCUGAGUGCAUGAGGACCAUGGGGUACAUGCCGACGGAGAUGGAGCUCAUCGAGAUCAUCCAGCAGAUAAAGAUGAAGCUGGGAGGCCUGGUUGACUUUGAUGAUUUCUGUGACCUCAUGGGACCCAGAAUGACAGAGGAGACAGCCCAUAUGGUGGGCGUGAGAGAGCUGCAAUGUGCCUUCAAACAGUUUGACUUUGACGGUGAUGGACGGAUCACCCACGAGGAGCUGAAGGAGGCCAUGAAGUCUCACCUGGGCGUGAAGCUGAAGAAGGGAGAACUGGAGGAGAUCCUUAAAGAACUUGACCUCAACGGCGACGGAAACCUGGACUUUAACGAGUUCGUUAUGAUGCUGUCCUCACAGUAGCGAACGUUAUGGUUGGUGUGGAUCCACGGCCAGGAAAAGACUACGUCACCUGCUUCCUGGAUUGUCAUGUUGUGUCAUGGAUGUCCAUGAAUAUAGAUACAAUCAUGUGUAUGUGCAGGUAAUAUUUAUUCAGGAUUGCCAACGCCAUUCAAGUUUAUAUUGAUGGCACUGGAAUAUCGGAUAAGUAAAAAUUAAUCAUUUUUUAUUCCUGUGAUUUCAAUUGUACGGUUAAUUUCAGUAAUAUAAUGCAUGUUUUCUGCAUGUUUGUGUGAUAGAGACACAGACAACUCCUUAAGAUAAACAAGAUAUCAAUUAAUUCAUGGCAUGGCUUAAUACUGUGAUCAUAUACAAUGGAUUUGAAAUUAAAAUGAUUUCAUAAAUGA